AUGGAGAACGACAUCAACAACACCCUCGCCUUCGACCUUGCCCUGCAGUUUGUGCCAACGCGGACCGGCCCGGUAGAAGACGCGGUGGCGCAGGCGAUGGAGAGAAGCAUUCUGCAUGUGGCAGUGAUGGUUUGUAUGUACUUGAUCACCACUGCUUUGGGGACCUUGAUGCUAUUCUGUGCUGGCAAAGCCAAAGCAGUACCAAAGCGAAAGAGAACAUCAAGGAAAGACAGCCUGUCAUCGAAAACGAGCGAGGAUGAGAUGGCGGUGCGCGUAGAGGAGGAGGUGCCAGACCCCGACGACGAAGCUAAAGAACCUGACCUUCUACAACUACCCAUCAGCUUGCAGUACCAGAAAGCCUUUGUGGUGGGCGUGUAUUGCUGCAAUUUUCUCUUGUGCCUGGCGGCAGGCGUCGGCAGCACGUUGACGGGGCUAUUGAGCCCGGAGCUCGGGCUAGCUUGGGAAUUCUACACGGUGCAUUUUGCAUGUGGAUGUCUUUGGAUGCUUGCGCAGGCUGCCCUUGCGGCGUACAUGUUGCCGCCUGGAAGACGCUAUGCAAACACUGCCUUCUUGGAAGCGACCUUCCUUGGUAUUUGCCCUGUAACCUCAGAUGCCUUUGAUACGUUGAAAGACGUGAGCUUCGGGUUCCUUUGCUUCGCUGCCGACAACCUCAUUGUGAAUGCGGUCGGCUUGAUAUCACUGCUUUGGCUGCUCAUGUUUCACGCAAUUCUCUUCCGGGACCAAGCUUUCCGCCAGUGGUUCGCCGAGAACCACGUCUCAGUAUUGGCUUUGCGAACGCUGCCGGCCGAUGCCGAUGAUUCGCCAAACCCUUUAAAGAUCCCAUAUUCAGAAAACUGGCCAGAUGAAGUGGCAAAGAUGAUGGCGGACAAAAAGCCCACUUCGUACUUUCUCUGCACAAAAGCUGGCAAGACGAUCCCAUUUGUUGCCGACGGUGCGCCGGGAGAGCUGACCAAAACCACCCGAGUCGACGAUGCCGACUUUCCUAUUGAACUUGUGUGCCAGGUCCAAUACUCAGAUCAUUUGGCAGCUGACGUGAAAGAAUUCAUGGCGGACAAAAGUCCCACUUCGUACUAUCUCUGCACGCGAAAUGGCAAGAGGAUCCCAUUCGUUGCCGACAGUGAGCCGGUAAAGCUGACCAGAGAGCCCAAUGUCGACGAGUUUCCUGUGGUCUUCGUCUACCAGGUUUCUUGGAUGGAAUGGGCCGCGGGCUUGAGUGCAGAGAUCCUGCAGUACAUUUACAAGCAACUCACACCUUUAAAGAGAAACUUGCUUUCGCUCGAGGAAUUUGCCGCAAGGAGUUAUGGCAUGUAUUUACCUGGAAGUGGUUGGUGGCAGUGUCAUGGUUGCGCUCCUGAACUUGGCCGUGCCCACGGUCCAAAUCAUUUGCACUUUGGCUCUCUUCCAUCCUGUCCAGCGCCUCAUUGUGGCCAAGUUUGCCGAGCAGAUCGACAUUGCUUUCCAAGAAUCAGACUUGGUGGAAUUCCACCGGCUGAGGACCGAGGCAGAAUUGGACUCCGAAUCCGGGCUAUUUCGUGA